AUGAGUUCUUCUACCACCACCAACAUGAUCCAAGAGUCAGGAACCGGAAACCUGCCCAUGCGCAAGCGUAAAGACUUGGAAGGAGACGCUGAAGAGGAAAGGCCGGCCAAGAAGAGUUACAUGUCCAAGGCUCGUGAAAUCCGUUUGGAACAAAACCGAAAAGCAGCCAGGGAAUCGCGUCGCCGCAAGAAGAACAUGCUUGAAGAGUUGCAACGCAGCGUCAUCUUCUUUUCAAGAGCCAACGGUACUUUGAAGCAACAGAAUGAAGAACUAACAAGACUCUUGGUCCAAGCCCAAACUCGAGUCUCUUCUAUCGAGUCGUCCACCAACGACAGCAAUAACAAGUCAAACGGAAAUCGUUCUGCCGAAGCACCAGUCCAAGAACCCCGUGAGCCCGCAGCAGAGCAACAGAACACCACCAUGGAGCAAUCUGAGGCUCGAGCUGUUGCCGCUCAAGCCAUCUACGAAAGCAAGGGCUUUCCUGCUGCUGCUGCACGGGCCACUGCGCAAUCUGUCAAUGGAACUGUCGAAGGGGAACUUUCCAAAGAGGGUCUUCCACAAAUGCAACCAGGAGCCACCAUGCAAGCCAUGGCUAACUUUCAACAAGCUGCUACUGCUGCCAUGCAAGCAGCCGCCCAUGGUAUGCAUGGAAACGGCGCUAUUCAAACGAUUGCCACACAACAUGCUCCUGGUGUAAGAGGACCUCAACAAGUAUUCAGUGAUACCAUGGCUGCUAUUGCUAUGCAACAGGCAGCAGCUGCCGCAGCUGCUAGCGGACAGCAAUUCUUGAGCAAUCCUUUCAUGGCCCCCAUGCUCGCGUGGCAAAACCACCAAGUGGCCGCUGCCAUGGUCCAAGCAGCUUCUCCCCAACCUCCUAUGACUCCCUCACAAAAUGCUGCUCCUCAAAUAUCAUCUCCCAGAUCGAAUUGA